GGCAAAAUGAGGCAUCUGCCGCUCGACGCCGACUACUUCAAUGUGACGUAAAGCCCGGCGCAUCCAAUACAAGGACCCCUCCCGGUUAAUUCGCAGGACAUACGUUCAUCAGCCAACGGGAUUACUUUUAUCACCUGGACCUAAUCGCCGAAUAUUUAACUUCAUACCCCAUGGGGAAAUUUGGAGAUAAUUGAUCGAUGAAAUGAGCAUGACCAUGGCUAUCCCUACAACUCAAUCGCCGGCGGAAGGCCAAGGGUCUAAAAAAUUACACUUCGUAAUAGUCGGAGGAUCACUAGGCGGUCUCGCGACCGGACUUGCGUUAAAAGCGCUCGGCCAUGACACCACGAUACUAGAGCGCAACCCCGCGCCCCUAUUACAAGACCAAGGAGCCGGCAUUGUCGCAGGAGGCGACACACUCGAGCUAUUCAAGCGCUACAACCGGUGCGACCGCCCCAUCGCCGUCGGCUCAGCGCGGCGACAAUACCUCGACAAGGCGGGCAACAUCGUGCACCGGGAGGAAAUGGUGCAGAACAUGACGUCCUGGGACCUAACCUACUACCUCAUGCGCGCCAACUACGACGGCGUCGAAAGCCCUUACUGCAAAGUCCCGUCUCCAGACCCAUCUCACGGCAACGCAACCCACGAGCACGACCGUCAAGUAACCCGUUUCGAAGAAGAAGGCUCUGGCAUCCGCGUGCACUGGACGACCAGCACCGGCGCUUCCGGCAGCACAUACGGGGACAUCCUAAUCGGCGCGGACGGUCCCAGCUCCACGAUCCGCAAGAUCCUCGAACCGAGCGUCGAGCGUAAAUACGCAGGCUACUGCGCCUUACGCGGGACCCUCAUCGAAAGCGAAGCCAGCGCCUCGGCGCGCGAAGCCUUCACCAACCGGUUCACCUUCUUCCACUGCCCCGGCGUGCAGAUCCUCGCGUACCUGAUCCCGGGCAAAGACGGGACGGUGGAGCCGGGGGAGAGGUUGGUCAAUUUCGUGUACUACACGAAUUUCCCCGCGGGCUCGGCGGAGCUGGAGGAAAUCAUGACGGAUCGGGAGGGGCGGAGACGGCAGAUCACGGUGCCGCCGGGGGCGAUAUCCGAGGCGGCGUGGGAGAAGCAGCGGGUUCUGGCGCGGGAACGGCUGCCGCCGCAGUUUGCGGAGAUUGUGUGCGGGACGACGAAGCCGUUUGUGCAGGCUGUGACGGAUGUGCUGACGCCGAAUAACGAGUACCUGGGGGGCAAGGUCGUGCUUAUUGGGGAUGCGCUGGCGGGGUUCCGUCCGCAUACUGUGGCGUCGACUUCGCAGGCUGCGUUUGAUGCGAUGUUGUAUGCGGAUUAUAUCGCGGGGCGGGUGACGAGGGAGGAGUGGAAGAGGCAGACGGUGGGGUUUGCGAGGUAUAUACAUAAGAGGGGGGUGGAUAUGGGGGUGAGGAGCCAGCAUCAGGAUCUUCCGCUCCAGGAACAUAUUGAGGAUCGGAAUAGAGCGUCGGUGCCCAGGGAGCAGGAGGUGUAUCCCGAGUGGGCGACCGUUAUGUAAAUUGGUUAUAUUUCGUAUGUAGACCAGCAUCUAAGAAUAUAUGUACUUUGCAUUGCUCCAGGAAACCUUCCGCACAUUAUGUUA